UUCAAGAUGGAACCUAAUUUUUUGUAAUAUUUUUUGGUCGAAGUUUUGUAAUUUUCGUAUGAAUUCAGUUGUGGAUGAAAUGAUUUAGUUCCUAUAAUCCUAUUAUAGAUAAGGCAUCUCAGCACAUCAGCCGUAUUUUCGUAACUUCAUAAUUCUACAAACCAUUACUUUACUUUUCAAAUAUGGAACAGAUACUUUUGGAUGCCAAAAGAUUAAUGUUAAAAUUAAAGGAAGAUGAUAACGCAGCUGAUAUGAUUGUGACUGAUGGAACGAAUCUUCUUAACAGAAUUAAAGCUAUGAAACAGUACAGAGAAGACAUCACAAAACUGAAUGAAGUUGCAAAGCACCGACCAAAGAGUACAUUGUUGUUGGGAAGUAAAGAAGAAAGUACGCGAAUUGCCGAAUUACAACAAGAAAAUAUUGAUCUUCAAACAACAUUGGAAGAUCAUCAGUCAGCAUUGGAACUCAUUAUGAGUAAAUAUAGGGAACAUAUGCUGAGUUUGGUGUCAGCAAACAAACUGGAUGCAGAGGUUUUAAAGAAGAAAUUUUCUGAAAAAGAACAAUCUAAAACGGAACAGAUUUGUGAGAUGGCGAGUGUGAUGUCUAAAGCUAUUCAGAUUGAUGAUGAAAUCAUUCAGGAGGAAGAGGAAAGACAAGCUGCUCUUGAGUUUGAAAAUCAAGGUUUACGAGAAUUACUUCAGAUCAGUGGAGUAUCAAGAUCUGAUUUCGAGGAAUUUCAGAAAGAACGUGAGUUGCAACGAGGAUCAACCACACCCACGAUGUCGGAUUGAAUCAGCGAAGUCGUUACAAAAACUUUAAAUAAAGGCUAAAAUACUCAACAUGUGAUGCAGCUUGUUGCAGAACACGAAGCAUUAAAAAAGACACAAAUUUGAAUGCGUUCACGACUUUUCUAGUGAUUCGGUUCCAUUAAUUUGGUCAUGCAACUACGAGGGUUGUAACUACAAUAAGAAUUAAUCACAAUGCGAGAAAGGUUUCUAUAACUAUUGCUAUUUAAAUGUAUUAAAUAAAUACACACCAAUUAACAAGGUCUAUAAUUCAUCGAAAUUAGCACUGCUCUGGUUUAUUAGUGAUAAAAAUAUGUAAUCUUUAUAUGCAUCGUGAUUGCUUUCAUUGUCGAAACCAGAGUAGCGUUAAUAGGAUAGGAUAUAUAUAUAUUUAUAUAAAAGAUUAAAAGAUUAAAAAUUCUUGUCACUAGCUAUAUGAAAACGUAAUCACGUUUAUAAAAGUUCUAUAAGACGUUUCGAUCUGAAACCUUCGA